UUCCCUUCCACCUCCAUGUCCCAACCUCCUCCAGUCGUCCACCCUGGCACGGGUGGAGUCGACUACGCACCACUCCCUCUUACUCACGACUCCGACCAACCCAAUAGACUCUAUAAUGCUCCUCCAUCUCCCGGUGCUGAUAAUUCCUCCUUCCAUCUCCCACUCGACAACCAUGGCGGUCCAUAUACCGACGACAUUGCCCUCUCUGGUAUGCCAAUGGGUGCAGCCCAGCCCCGUUUCCUCGGUCGUGCAUUGUACGAUGACGGUGGAGCCAACAUGCGCAACUCGAUAGCCUCAUCACAACACACUUUGCGUUCAGACACCGCUUCUUCCUAUACUGCAGCCGACUCUGUCUACAACCUUCGAGGCGCCACAACUCAAGGCUACUCAGAUAGUGGGGCGUACCAUGACGAACCCGGCUUUUUUGUGCAUGGCGACCAACCACGCCUCCGCAACGAGAAACGGGCGGCAUACGCCAAACCGAGGUCACGCAGGAAACCUAUAUUAAUAGGGCUCGCCGUUAUUGCAGUCCUUGCUAUCAUAUUGGGUGUCGUGCUGGCUUUCCUGCUGAAGCGAAAAUCCAGUGAUGAAGGGUCAAAGGACUCGGGGUCAAAAUCCGGCGACUCCAACACAUCCUCGGAUGGCUCGAGCACAAACAAUGCAAACAAGAUUGCCAUCGCUGUUUCCGGCUCAGACGGAAGCACAAUAUUAGCAGACGACGGGUCCUCUUUCGUCUACUCCAACUCUUUUGGCGGCACGUGGCAGUGGGACAUAAAUGACCCUUUCAACAACAGCGCUCGUGCGCAGUCAUGGACUCCCGCACUCAACCAACCUUUCCGAUUUGGUGUCGACCCAAUUAGAGGAGUAAAUCUUGGGGGUUGGCUUGUCACUGAGCCGUUCAUUGUUCCUGGGCUCUACCAAACAAUUCAAUCGAGGCCUACCAGUUCGGGAAUCACGAUUAUCGACGAAUAUACGUUGCUACAAGCGAUGGCACUGGACACCGCCAACGGGGGCGUCUCUCAACUCGAGGAUCACUACAAAACAUUCAUCACGGAGAAAGACUUCAUGGAAAUCGCUGCAGCGGGUCUCAAUUUCAUUCGUAUCCCCAUUGGAUUCUGGGCCAUCGAGGUCAAAGACGGAGAGGGUUUCCUGCCCAAGACAUCGUGGACCUAUUUCCUAAAAGCGAUUCAAUGGGCUCGAAAGUAUGGCCUCCGUAUUAACCUCGAUCUCCACACGCUCCCGGGUUCUCAAAAUGGCUGGAAUCAUUCGGGGAGGCUGGGAAACUUCAAUGUCAUGUUUGGACCUAUGGGUAUUGCUAACGCGCAACGUUCUCUCGAUUAUAUUCGCAUCCUGUCCGAAUUUAUCAGCCAGCCUGAGUAUAGCGACGUUGUUGUGAUGUUUGGUGUCACGAAUGAGCCGCAAGGCAACUCCAUUGGAAUUGACGCCCUCAAGAGAUACUACUAUCAGGCCUAUCUCAGUGUUCGCACUGCCAGCGGUACUGGCCAAGGCAAAGGACCCAUGGUGUCAUUCCAUGACGGAUUUAUCGGCCUUGAUCAGUAUGCUGGUUUCCUACCCAACGCCGACCGAGCUUCGAUGGACACGCAUCCCUACCUUUGCUUCAGCGACCAGAACGAUAGCCCAAUAUCGUCUUAUGCGAACACUCCUUGCAAUAACUGGGGAGGCUUGAUCAAUGGCACCAUGGCCACGUUUGGCUUCAUCGUUGCUGGCGAGUUCAGUAACGCUGUGACCGACUGUGGUCUAUAUGUCAACGGCGUUGGCCAGGGUAUUCGAUACGAGGGAAAUUACAUCACACCUCCGCCUAGAGGCGGGACUUGGCCCAGACUCGGGGACUGCGAGACGGAUUGGACGAACUGGGAGCAAUGGAGCAGCGGCACGAAGCAAUCGUACAAGACGUUUGCGAAAGCUAGUAUGGAUGCGCUCCAGAACUGGUUCUUUUGGACUUGGAAGAUUGGGAAUUCUACCGCGGGGAGAGUGGAGUCGCCACACUGGUCUUACUCGCUCGGAUUGGAGCACGGUUGGAUGCCGACUGACCCUCGUGAGGCUGUCGGGCAGUGCGGUAACGCAGCACCGUUUCAGGGAACAUUGAGCGCAUGGCAAACGGGCGGCGCUGGAGCUGGUCAAAUUCCGUCCGCAUACAUCCAAGCCAGUCUUCAAUGGCCUCCACCAAGCAUCUCCUUCCCUGGCGGCAACUCCCCCGGAAACUCUUUGCCGACUUAUGUGCCGAAUGGUCCAUUAAUCACGUUACCCACACCGACGUUCACUCCAGUGACAGUGAGUGGGCACGUCGUGAGCGCAACCGCAAGCGUGAAGCUAGCUGCUUGGGCGAACCCGGCUGACACGAUUGGCAUGAUGGUCCCGGCUCAGGGCUGCAGUUACUUUGACCCAUGGGGCCCCUCAAAUGUUAACCCUCCCAGCCCUCUGUGUACUGGUGGUGGUGGUGGUGGUGCAGCCCCCGCGCCAGCCGCUGCCAUCAUCACUCCCCCCUCCCUCCCCACCACGAAGACGGUAGCCAUGAUUUAA